UCAGGCACCCUCCCUCCAAUCACAUUGGUCAAAAACACACACAGGAACCUCCCCCUGAACAAAGGCCAACACCAGUGCAUGCAGAAGCCACUCUAAACUCCAAAGUAUCACUUUUAUCUCUGGGAUACCUGCCCACUGUUUCACUCUGAUAAUGUGGUGCAGUCAUGUGGCAUUGCGUCGGUUCCAGCGGAUUGCUGCUACGCCUGUGAAUGUCACAGGGAGACUUGUGGCAACUGUGCAGAGGGAGAUGUCAACCCUGCCGAGAGUCUACAUUACCCGACAAAUCCCUCCCGAGGGCCUGAGGAUCCUCCGUGAAUCUGGACAAGUGCAGUUUGAGCUGUGGAAUUCAGAUGAUGUGCCCGUGCCUCGGAAGGAGCUCCUUCAACAGGUCAAAGGUGUCGAUGCACUGCUGUGUGUGCUGACAGAGAAAAUCGAUGCUGAAUUGUUGGACGCCGCAGGUCCCAACCUGAAGGUCCUCAGUACCAUGUCUGUGGGUUUUGAUCACCUUUCUUUGGAGGAGCUGAAGAAAAGAGGAAUCCGUGUGGGUUACACCCCGGAUGUACUGACAGACUCUGUGGCCGAGCUGACAGUGGCGCUGUUGCUCACCACAUCCAGACGGCUCAUUGAGGCCAGUCACGAAGCAAAGACUGGCGGCUGGGGCACGUGGAGAACUCUGUGGCUAUGUGGGUAUGAACUUGUCAACAGCACCGUGGGCAUCCUGGGCUUAGGGAGGAUCGGUGUUGCUAUCGCUGAGCGCCUGGCGUCUUUCAAAGUGAAGAAAUUCAUCUACACAGACGUUUCCCCCAGACCGGAGCUCGCCAGCAUCAUCAACGCAGAGUAUGUCUCUUUGGAUGAGUUGGCGAAGCAGUCAGAUUUCCUGGCUGUCUGCUGUGCGUUAACGCCAGAGACAAAGGAGAUCUGUAACAAGGACCUCUUCUCCAAAAUGAAAAAUACAUCCAUCUUCAUCAACACUAGCAGAGGUGGCGUGGUAAACCAGGAGGACUUGUAUGAGGCGCUGUCCACUGGGCAGAUUGCAGGAGCCGGACUAGAUGUCACAGUGCCUGAGCCCCUUCCAACAAACCAUCCACUCUUUACCCUCAAAAACUGUGUGAUUCUCCCACACAUCGCAAGUGCUUCCUAUACUACCCGCAACGCCAUGUCUGCACUGGCAGCAAACAACCUUCUCCUCGGCCUACGUGGUGAACCAAUGAUCAAAGAGCUCAAGUUCUGACAAAGAACUGAUUUAAUCAUGAACCAAUAGUCCUGUUACCUGACCGUUUUCUUUACAGCACUAACAUAAGACUAGAAGUACAUUCUCUUCUGUUCUUUUAUUUUGGCUUUUAAGUUGACUAAUGUCUAUAACGAUUCAGUUACUGCAAUUUCAACAACUGCCACUUUAAAAAAAAAAACUCAACAGUUUAAAUGAUUUUCCAUGUUUAUUUUGUCUAUACAACACACUGUACAGUCUUCAUAACUUUCAAUAACAGGCAUUUUCCUCUCUCAGAUAUACUAUGCUAAGUUAAAAACAAAGAUUAAAAUUUGGCAUAUUAAUAUAAGCCCAGCUUUUCAAGUUAGCAGGCAUAAGGCAGUAAUUUCUUCAAUUUAGGCCUUUUAUGUGCUAAAUUGUAGCGUGUGUUUAAAGGGAUAACAAUUAGAUAGAUUAGGUUCACAAAGAUGUACAGUUUCCACACAGUAGUAAUUGUAAAUAGGCUGCUGUGAUAAAACCAGUUUUGAUUCUGUGUUCCUCCACCACUACAAUGCCGUAUUUCUUGGCAUUUGUUUAC